CUUAUCAGUUCAGUAAUUUGAAAAUAACAAGUACCAACUUGGAAAUUUUACAACUUUUUAUAAUUGAAAAAAAAUUAUUCCUCCCCCCCCCCCAAAAAAAUAUCAAAAAUAUUAUAAGUUUUAAAACUCAUUAAAUUGGGGGGAAAUGAUAUAAAAAAACACUGAGAAAAUUCAUCUUCAAAAAUCAGGCCAUCAAAUUGAAAUAAAAUUUCUUAUAUUGAUACGAGAAUUGAAAAAGAAAUAGAACCAAAAAAUCGAUAAAUGCUAUUAAAAUUGCUUGUGACUGUUGUGGCAUGAAAAAAUACUGAAAACAUGAAACAUUUAAUAAACAAAAAACAAAUCAAAUUCUUUAAAAAAUUUAAAUUGCGCAAGAUUGAAAAAAAAAUGCACAAAACGGAAGAAAAUGACUUCCAUUUAUGCAAAAAUUGUUGAAAAGAACCAAAAACUUGAUGAAAUGUCUUGAAAUAAAAAAAAAAUUAAAAUAUCCAAUAAUUUAAAACAAAAUGAGCGUUUGUGAAAAUAGCUAAAACGCAAGUGAAAAAAAUGAUUGAAAAAAAGGAAAAAACAUGUUCACAAAUAUUACGGAAAAUGACAUUAAAAUACAUACAAAAACUUGGUCAACAUUAAGAUGAAUAUUGUCAAAAAUCAUCAAAAAGGGAAUAACAUGCUGACAAAACUAUGCAAAAGAGGGAAAAAAGGCAAAAAUUUUGUAAGAAUUAUUCCAAAAUUGUGAAAAAUGAGACAAAUGUUUCGAAAAACGAUCAAAAUUCACAAAAAAAACCAACGUAUCAGUGAAAAUGUAAAUAGAACUUGUAAAUAAUUAACAAAAACACGAGAAAAUAAAUCAAUAAUCGGUAAAAUUUCACCACGGUAUUCAAAAAACGAAAAAACGAAAAAAAAAAUUAAAUAAGAAUGAUAAAAACUUGUGUUAAAAAUACUCGAGAAGUCAAUAAAUAAAAAAUUUCCAAAUGAAAUGUAAAAAUAUCGAUUGGCAUACGAAAUAAAAAUGAAAAAACUAUCGGAAUUUCAAAAAAAAAAAAAUAAAUCAAAACAAAAGUGAAAUUGCGUGUAAUAUGAAAAUUAUUUUAAAAAGAAAAACAAUAAAUUACUUUAUCAAAAAAAUGUUAAAAAUAAUUCUGAUGAAAAUUUUAAAAAAUGAGAUUAAAAUUUCAAAAAAAUUGAAGAAUUACUACAUCAACGUAUCAAAACACGAGAAAAAAAAUAAUUCUUCACAAAUUCACGCGAAAAAAAUAUUUACGAACGAUCAAUGAAAUCUCAUUAUAAAGUUGAUCUCAAGAAUUUUAUUCAAUACCUACCUAUGCAAAAAAAGUUGAUCAAAUUAUCAAUUAAACUAUUUUUUAAACGACAAAAAAGUACAAAUUGCAUUCAUUCACCUAGUACCUACUUCGGUAUCGAGAAAAAAAAACUAAAAAAUGGCAUAAUUCGCUAAAAACACGAGAAAAAUUAUCAAGCAGCAUGAAAAUUGUACAAAUUAAGGAGCACAUAAACACGAAAGUUAUUAAAACAUUCAGUUUAAAAAUUGAUGGACAACAGAAAACAUGCCUGCGAUAAUAUAAAAUUCAAUAUCGUUACUUGAAACAUGUUCUGAGCCAGUUCAUUAGAAAAAAUCAUUAUAAUCAUUCGUUGUUCAGCAUUCCCUUUCACUCCAUUGAUAGCCAGCACAAAAAAAGAAUGCAACUUUUUCUACAGCUACGUGAAUACGACGUAAUUGCGCCUGAUUUUACGUCAAUAAAAUUAAAGCUGGCUGUAUUUUUCAAUUGUAAAUAAUCCAAAGGAUUCAAAAUUUUCUAGUUUUGAAAUUUCGUUGCUCACUUUUUUAAAAAAAAUUUUUAUUGAUUUUUUUUGUUAAAUCUUCAAAUGAAAAUAAUUAAUGAAAUUAAUUUUUGUUUUUUACCAUUUUUACACUUCAAAAUACAGUAGGUAUUUUAUUUUCGAGAUGAGAUUUUUUAAUGGAGGACGAUUAUUUCGAUUUCUUGGAUUCAAAAAUAUAAAAAUGGUAUACGAUUCCAAUUUUCACACCUUGAGAAUACUGUUUCUACACGUUUCAAGUGUCUCUUGACGCUUCAGCUUUCGAGUUACAAUACGAAUUAAAAUAAUCUUAUUAGUUCAACCACGAUAUCAACAUACAAAAAAAUGAUGCAGCUGAUAAUUGUACAUAUUUCACGUUAUAAUAUUCAAAUAUCGAGUACUAAGAUAAGACAUUUACUACUGCAGAAUACCUCUAAAUGAUAUUCGAUUCCUGCAUGAUUCUCAAUUCAGAUCAAGUGAGCUUCAUAUUCGGUCUGUUUUAUUCGAAUGAUCAAGUGGAUUGACGCUGACGGUGACAAUGGAAAAAUAUAGGUUGCUGUUUUCGAAACGUUUCUUAGUCGCAAUCUUAUGCUUCAUUUCGGAAACCAAUAUGUUCUCGUGUAGAGCAAAUUUAAACAUAGCUAUCCUCGACAUGACCAGCAGCCACGAAGUCAUCAUAGGCAACAAGACAGUCACAAAUGCAAUUACAUAUCAUUUACCUCAUUAAAUUUGUAGAAAGGCUAAGUAAAGUCUCAGUAGAUUCAAAUGCUUUCUAAUUCAACAUAUUAUCAGUUCAGCUCCAACGAGAAAUAAUUUCUUACAGGGCCCGGAAUUCAAAUGGGACGCAAAAACCAAAGGUUUCCUGUUAGGUGUGCAUGCAUAUGGCUGUUUACUCUCUCCUUUAGGGGGAUAUCUCGCAAUGAAAUUCGGAGGUGCUACCCUGAUUACGUUAAGCACUCUGGUGGUAUCCAUUUUGACCAUAUUCACACCUUGGAUCAUUCGAUACAAUUUUUACCUUUACAUCGUGCUUCGAAUUAUAGAAGGAGUAACGCAAAUCUUCAGAUACGUAAGCUUUCCCGAAAUAUGGUCACGAUGGGCACCUAGCAGGGACAGAUCUAAAUUAAUGUCCAUAACAAUGUGUGGUUGGUUCGCUGGACCAGCACUGACCUAUCCAAUUUUCGGAUUUAUUACACAGAAGUACGGUUGGCCAGCGACUUUUUACUGCACAGGUAUUUUUUCUCUAAUAAAUACCGGAAUAUGGUUCCUUCUGGUGACCAAUAGUCCUACAUCAGAUAAAUGGAUAUCGAAAGAAGAACUCGAUUAUAUACAACAAGAUCCUCAACAACCCAAGCCCAAAAACUUGAAAACUGUGUCGAAGAAAGUGAUCAUGAGCAAACACUAUUACGCAUUAGGCAUCGCAAAAAUAGUUUAUCACUUCGGAAGUACGAUAACUGUGACUUGUCUACCAAUGUACAUAAAAGAUCUCACUGGCAGUAAGAUAGGCAAAGUCGGCGUCUUAUCAGCAAUACCAACUGUUGUAAAUCUCAUCAGCAUACCUAGUAUCGGAUUCAUAUUGGACCAUUUGAGUAAUACUGGUUGCUUAACAACCACUCAAGUGCAUAAGCUAUUCAUGUGUGGAGCUUUUUUGAUGGGAAGUGCGAUACUUCUGACAGCUGCUCAUCUAGCUCGUAAUUUCAUUUUAUUAAUGGCAUGUUUUACCUUAUUGAAAUUAGCCACAUCGAUAAACUGUGUGCUGUGCCAAUUGAAUGUCAUCGCCAUAGGACCAAAAUGCCCCAGUAUUUUGGCUGGUUUCUUGUCACCAUUUCACGUCAUUGGAGCAGCAAUUGGACCACUCAUUAUAGCUUUCAUGGUACCUGAUAACACAACCUCCGAAUGGAGCAAAUGUUUAACUGUAUUUGCGACGUUCUUUUUUGGCGCAGCAUUGGCUUUUUAUAUAUUUGGAUCUAGUGAGCCACAAAACUGGACUACCUCUGUUGAUGAACAAAAUAAAGAUGAUGUUAAACCGAAAGAUGGCCAAAGUACUCAAGGUCAAGACUCCAAUUACUGCCUAGUUCCUUCAAACAAAAUCUACACAUUGCGUACGCUACCUACAUCAGUAUAAAACAAACGAGACACGGGUGAAAAAAUAUUUUGUAUGGUGAUAUGUAAUUACAAUGAAGUAAAAUCUAGCUACACUUAUAUCUUUUCUAUACCUACGCGUUCGUCACGAAGUACACGAAAGUAUUUAUGUCGUAAA